AUGGUCCCUGCAACACCUGCGCCAUUCGCGUGUUUUGGGAAGAGUAAAGAUCCCCAAAAGCACUAUCGUGCCGCCGAAGAACUCCAACGCGCAGGCGUAUGGAUCGGCUAUCUCGCCAACGAAAGUCACGGGAAACCUUACCAAGACAUGCCAUCAUUCUCCGAAUUGAGGAUGAACUGCAAGCACAUUAGUCCACCGUACCCGCAGCCAAUUGCCGGUAUUGCCCAAGAGGAACGCCAUGCCAUCUGUCGAGGCUGUUAUGGGGAUAGAUCGUGCCUUAUCACCUUGAGAGAAAUCAGCUUCACGAGCCGCCAUCUACCAAAUGACCGGUCUCUCUAUGGACUUCAGGCGUAUCGUCCGUAUGAGAUUGGUGAUGGCACACAGAGCAAGACCUUUUCAAACAACUUUGUAUUGUUAGCUCUUCGCAAUGCGAGCCAGGUAACUGGAACCUUGGAGACAAUUCGAGCGGCCCUCAGUCCUGUCCAAGCAAACGAUGUUUCACCGAAGAAAAGGAUGAAGGAUACACCGAGACGACUCAAUGCUGGUUCCAAGGCAAAUUCUGUCGAGAAACCAGGAACACAUGUACUGUGGAACUCAACAGACACGGGAAAUUUAAUAUCUCCUGCGCGGGUACAAACAAGACAAAUGAGGCGCGAUACGGGCCCGUCAGAUCUGGAUGAAGCUAGGCUUGCCGAGCUCACUGUUUCCAGUUCACCAAAAGCUGUUAGCAAACGUGCUAUGCAACCCCCAUUGAAUAAAACCACUCUAAAAGCACCAGCACCUUCCACCAAGCGAAAGGCGCCUUCUGUGGCCAACGAGACCGAGCCAGUUGCAAAGAGGCAGCAGUCAGCAAAAGCUUCUGCUCCCCGCCGCCAGCAACCAACCCCAGCUUCCCGAGACAUGUCUGAGGAUACCAUUGCAAAUGAUGGUCUUUCAAGCCAUGACAGCUCUUUCCCCGACCAUCGCGGGCGGUCUGUCUCGUCCAGCGUUCCCAGAGUUCCUCCCGUUCCAAACAAAAUCCCAAUCAUACCACCUGAUCUCACAGAAGAUCAGUCAGAGCGAGUUCGCAUCAUUUGUGUUAUUAUUGCUGAUGAUAUUGAGUUCGAAUUUGUGCACACUCUGGGCGAGUGCAAGACCUUCUCUGAGUUGCUCAGACUCUUCCGUGAAGAUGCCGAACAAGACCCUGAAGCCACUUCCAUUCUCAAUGAAACCAAGCUUUGGCGCAUGUCUUACCAACUUCUAGGUGGCGUGAAGAAGGCCUUCACCAUGCGUCCAGGCAAUGAGAUUGCCUUUGAGCGCCUCCGGGAGUCACUUGCGCAGUCUCCCGUCUGGAGCGAGGAUAGCCAAACUAGGGUCGACGUUGAGCUCCGGGCUCUCAUCUAAGCCUAAUUCAACGGCACGUGCUACUGAAAGAACUACCACUUGCAUGAUUCAGUAGCGUUAUUCAGGAUUAUACAGUUCGUUUAUUGCACGGGCAAACAGUGUGUACAGUGUGGGGGUGCAUAUAUCAGAUUGCAGAACGCCAUCUUAAUUCUUUCCUCUGUUUUUGGGAUUAUUUCAUGUAUCCACUCUCUUGAUUCUAGAGGAAGUGUGAAGCUUUUGGGGGCACCAGAGGCAUGAGGAACUGAGCUGAUUGCUGAAGGAGUAUACCUAGGAGCCUAUAUAUGCAGAGGAGUGGGCUAGGCCGUAACUAUAGUAGGCGGUAGUGGUUUCAUAGUGGUGGGGCUCAGAAAGCUCCGUAACUGCAAACAGGAAGGCUUCACGACACCCAAACUUCCGGCGUCUUGUUUGGGGCGCGAGGGUACAUG